AUGGAUUUAAAAGAGGACACCAUCGAGUCUAUUUUCGAAAAAUAUGGUGACAUCCACACUAGAAAGGAUUACUUAUGGAAGGAAAUACCCCCCUUAGUUUCUCCACCACUUUAUAAUAUGAGGAGCAGAGUCACACAAACGGAUAACGACUUUGUCUCCGAAACAGUCUCAUAUCUCCCUUACGACUACUCGGAAGUGUCGAAUGAAUUUAAUGACAUAUACUCCAUCCAUCAAUGUGUACCAACAAUUUUGGAUACUAAGAAAUGUGACAAUAAAUACGUUCCAGACAAAUACAUAUCAAUCAUAUACUUCCCAGGACUUUCUUUUUGUGGGGAGGUGUUCUCGUCGUUCACUCGAAAGUGCUUUUCCGAUUGCUUUAUUUGCACAGACUUCAACUACAGGCCACAGUUAUUCAAUUCGUUCUUCUUCAGGUUUGAAAGAGGGCAAAACGGAAUUGGUCAAAUGCCAUUUACGGUUCUGACGAUCACCGCGAUAUUUCCAUUAGAUAAUGUACCGAAAAUGCUCGUGUCAGCACAAUUCUUCUGUGUCUCAUUUUGUAAAAAAUUGACGCACAACGUGAACGGGUACUUGUCUAAAUCGUAUUACUGGAGACAAGUGAUUGAUGGCGAACAACGCUUUUAUAAAUUGCACAUGUUACGAAAACACGAGUUCUUUAGGGUUUUGUUACAGACACAAUUUUACACUAUUGUUGGUAAUUACGACUUAAGUGAAAUAGUCGUGAAAGGAUCAAUAACACACGAACUCACUGUCGAAGGAGUGUUGGAAAGACUUAACUCGAUCGCGCAGAAGAACUCCAUCUUCACUGAAAUUGACGUUGUCGAGAAGACUCAAGACUUCACAGUAUUAAGAAAGAAGUCUCCAUUUUUCGGAGAGAAGACGGGAGAGUGCGAAGUGAAGGUUGGAUCGAAUGUUGUUGAUAGCAACUUGUUCUUUUUGACUGAGACAAACGACUUGAAUUAUGAACAGAAUGUGUUGUGUGUUAAAGAACGUACAUUUGAAUAUAUCUUGGGAGGGGUCUUAGUCAGUAUUGCUGGGCCAGUUUGUUACACCCUCUUUGCCCUCCACUUCUUCACUCCACAGUUCAAAACAAUGAGCGAACAGAAGAGGAAAAUAUGUAUAGAAAAUAUCUCGUCUGGAGUGAUGUUGUCGUGUUUGUAUUUAGCAUAUGAUAUCCAUCCAUUGUACGAUUUCACUUCUUCAAAUUUGUUUGACGCGAUUGUCAUCAACAUGAAGAACUCGAAAUAUAUCAAAAGCGAAAUGGAGAAAAGAGGAAUCAAAAAAGACGUGAAGAAAGGAGUACCAUGCUUUCCGUGUAACAACACAUGUCUGUUUGGUACAGCAGUAUCAAAUGGAAUAAAACUCGACCAAUUGUGUAUAUCCAAUUUACAGAAGAUCUGCUUUUACCUUAAGCACAGCGAGAUCAUCAUGUUGAUGAAUACCUCAAAAAAAAUGUUUAAUACAAUCAAAGAGAGUAAAAAGAUAUGGGAAGAGGUGUAUAAUUCACAAUAUGACAUUCAUUCGUUCAACAAAUACAGUUUAGAGCCAAAAAUACAGUCGACGUGUUAUUUAGACUUGGUCAAUACAUGUAGAAGGAUUAGAGAGAGUUGGGGGAAGUGUAGUUUCAAAACUGAAAUGUUCCCUCUUUUUAAUUUUGAGGUGAAAGAAGUUGUGAAGGUAAAUGAUUUUGUGAUGGCGGCGGACUUCAAAGGACAGUGUGUGAUUUUUGAUUAUAAAAACAAAGAGCACAUUGUGAAGAGAAUUCCGGAGAAUGUAGUUCAUAUUGGUGUACGUAACAAUUUAGUCAGAAUUGGGUAUUCCACUGGUGUGAUUGAACAAUAUAACACAGACUUUUCUCAGUCUAUUCAACCACAGAAACAGUUUAAAAUCAAUGAGUGUAAGGGGAUGACAUUUUUAAAAGACACGAGUAAGAUGUUGAGCUAUUCUAACGGUGUUAGUAUUGUUGAUUUGAAUGUUGGGAGAGCUUUGUUCUAUUUUAAACCGUAUAGUAGUGAAGUGAAAGACGUGAGAGAGAUGAUGAAUAACAUGUACGUCACUUUGUCGUAUAAAGGGGAAAUCAGAGGAUUUGAUCGAAGAGUCAACAAAUACACGUUUGGACUCUUGGAAGAGAACGUCACCACUUUUGACACAUAUGGAAAUUAUAUUGUGACGGGUUCGAAUGACUCUGUGGUCAAAUUGUGGGACCAAAGAUACUCUGCGUUAUGUAUUGGUCGCACCGUUCAUGUGGGUGGAGUGAACAAAAUUCGGUGUGGCAAUCGAGUUAUUGUGACUGGUGGCAAUGACAAAUUGGUAAAUAAACUGGACUGUUCCAUGUGUUGGAUGGGUAAGAUGUCGACGGUGUGUAUUUCAGAAUCGAGAAUCACUGCAUUGUACGUUGGCGAAGAUUAUAUCUUGUCUGGGUCUGAAACGGGGAAAGUGUAUUUGAGUAAUAUUAUGUAG